AUGGCGUCCCCUGAAGGACCUGCGAUAGAAAUCGGGUUUUCGCCUACUUCAUCGCCGCCGCCGCCUGAACCCGUUGCGGCGGCUUCUCCGCCGGUGUCUUCUACCCCGCCACCGCCUGUUUCUGAUGGCGGUCCCUCUCCUGAAACUGCGUCCAGCCCGCCAGUUCCUUCCUCGUCGCCGGCGGCGGCGACUUCGCCACCAGUUGCCGCAGCGCCGCCAGUGGAGUCGCUGCCGGCGCCUUCUUCGGCCCCACCUUCGGCUUCUCUCCCGCCGCCGCCAUUGUUGACGCCAUCUCCCCCUGUAAUCGUUCCUCCGCCAGAUGGGUCGCCACCGCCACUCCUUGCGGAUCCUCCUGCGACAACUGCUCCGCCAUCCCAGCCGCCGCCUGCUGGGUCAUCGCCGUCUGCAUCACCUCCGCCAUUGCCGCCACCUUCUUCUCGCUCUUCGUCCCCUGUUUCUUCUCCAUCAACGCCUGACAAGCCCUCUUCUCCAACCCCUGCCCCCCCUUCUUCUCCGACUCCGGGGAAACCCUCUCCUAAAUCUCCGGCGAGCCCAUCUCCUCCAAGUCCCACAGACCCUUCAACUCCUCCGACUCCGGCGAACCCUUCUCCUCCAACUCUGGCGGAUCCUUCUCCUCCAACUCCGACGAACCCUUCUCCUCUAACCCCGGCGAAUCCUUCUCCUCCGACUCCAGCUGAUCCUUCUCCCCCAACUCCGGCGGAUCCUUCUCCAACUCCGAGGGACGCUUCUCCUCCAACUCCGAGGGACACUUCUCCUUCAACUCCGGCGGAUCCUUCUCCUCCAACUCAGGCUGAUCCUCCUCCUCCGUCUCAGUCCAACCCUUCUCCUCCAGCUCUGGCCAAGCAUCCACCGUCCCUAUCAUCAGCUACCCUUUCACCUCCUCCUCCAGAUCCCCAACAUUCUUCUACCCAAUCUCCAUGGCAAUCUUCCCCAAACCAGACUGAGCCCCUCCCUUCAGCUUAUCCGCCUGGGAGGCCAUAUUCUCCCUUGCCACCCCUCACCACCAGCAUUCCAACCCUUUCAGCCCCGCCUUCAACCUCUCCUGGUACCAAUGGCAGUUUCCCAAUGCUGCCAUUGAUAUCCUCGGCUCCAGCUGAUCCGACUCCUUCUAAAGACCCAAUUUCUACGCCAUUCGCUGGUUUGCCAGGAAACACUGUCUCCAUGGGAAGGGGAGGAGCUAAAUCCGGAACUGCUGCGGGAAUUGCUAUCAUAAUCACCCUUGUUGUUCUUGGUGUGGCUGGUGUUGUAGUGUGGUCUGUCAGGAAGUGGAGGAAGCAGUCUGCAACUGCUACAGGCUACGUGAGGCCUUCUCCAUUCGACUCAUCAAGAAUGUCAGGUACUCAAGCCUUGGUCUUUUUCCCUCUUUUUUCCUCUUUUUUUCUUUUUCAUCAGACAGAAGGGAAAAUAUCGGAGGAUCAUUUAAUGUAAUCACCCUCUGGCGAAUCUGGGUUUAAUCUCCCUCUCAAGUCGAUCGAAUUGAAUUCUUUCUUUGAAUGGGAUCUUCCUAUCAAGGAUUUUUCUUGGACAUUCCAGUUUAUCAUCUCUUUCAGCUAAUCCGAUUUGAUUCCUUCUUGGAAGCAUGAAACCAUUUAAUGCAUCAUUUUGUCGAAGAUUUUGACCACAUUCUUCUUUCAGAUACUCCAAUUUAAUCCCUUCUGCAAACAUAAUCUUCGUAUCCAAGAAGCCCAGCAGCUCGCAGAUCAUUUAUUCCAUCAUUUUGUUGGAAAUUUGAGUUGAUUAUUCUUGCAGCUAAUCCGUUUUAAUUCUGUCUCCGAAUAGAAUCUUCAUACCCGGGAAGCCCAACACCUCUGGUUAAGAAAAGAUUGGAAGGUCAUGGAUUCCAACGCUUGGUGUCAGACCACCUGGGCCAACCCAAGCCAUGGUUCUCGUACGAGGAGCUGUUGCAGGCCACCGAUGGUUUCUCCAGCCAGAACCUUCUGGGUGAAGGUGGGUUCGGCUCCGUCUAUAAGGGAUGGCUACCAGAUGGGAGAGCCGUCGCUGUAAAGCAGCUCAGGGUUGAGGGUGGUCGUGCUGAGCGGGAGUUUCAGGCCGAGGUUGAGAUCAUCAGCCGGGUGCAUCACCGCCACUUGGUCUCUCUUGUUGGGUGCUGCAUCUCUGAUAAUCUGAGACUACUGGUCUAUGAUUAUGUGCCGAAUAAUACCCUUCACUAUCAUCUUCAUGGUGGGUUUUUUUUUUUAAUUUUUAUAUUUUGAUCGUUCUAUUUUUAGGAUCAACUAAUUAUGUCAGGUUCAUCUUUCAAGAGCUUCAUUUGACUGAAUUGUUCAUCACCUGGUGAAUAUCAGGCAAGGGAAGGCCAGUUAUGGACUGGGCAACAAGGCUCAAGGUUGCUUUAGGGGCGGCUCGUGGGGUUGCUUACUUACAUGAGGAUUGUGAGUUCAUGAUCUCUCCAUUUUUUAAAAAUAAAAAUUAAAAAAUUAAAAAAUUAAAUCCAAAGGUUCUUGAAAUUCACGUGGUUUUAUGGACUUUUUCAGGCCACCCCCAGAUCAUCCACCGGGACAUAAAGUCCUCCAAUAUUUUACUGGAUAAUAACUUUGAAGCUCGGGUAAACUGGUUUUUUUUUCUUCUCAAAUGGGUAUAUUUGCAAAUCUUGAUUCCUCCAGAGACCUAAUUUUUUUGCCUUUGGAGGUUGCCAGGUGUCGGAUUUUGGACUCGCCAAGUUGGCUAUGGACACCUCCACGCAGCAUGUUACGUCCCGCCUCGUGGGUACAUUCGGGUGCGUGGAUCGAUGGUGACUUUAAAUUAUUCAAUUAAAUUAACAUUUGAAUACCCUCUUGGCAUCUUACAUCGGAUUAGCCUGGCAGAUAUUUGGCACCAGAAUACGUCUCAAGUGGAAAGUUGAGCUCCAAGUCAGAUGUUUUCUCUUUCGGUGUGGUGAUCUUGGAGCUCAUCACCGGCCGGGAACCAGUCGACUCCUCCCGACCUCUGGGCAAUGAGAGCCUCGUCGAAUGGGUAAGUAUCCAAGAACAAGCAGAUUAUACCAUCAAUCAACAUUACCAUGAGUAAAAUCGCAGAGAAAAAUCGGUGGAUAACUGGGGAUCACCCAGUUACCAUUGAGGAAUUCAUAUCUGAUUUCAGCAUAGAUUUUUGUUGUUCGGUAUUUAGGAUUCAUCAUUCAUCUAAUAUGAGCAUUAAUGCUUUCCGGGUGUUUAUCUUCUAAGGAUUAGAUUUUUAACGCAAUUAUAUUAUAACUCUACUUACGAGCAAUGGAGUUCCUGCAGGGAAAAAAGCAGUAAAUAAUCCCAAAAAUAAACAUACUGCUUUUGCCUUUGUUCUAGAAACGGAUGAUUUUCUUUGAAAUACCAUCCAAGAUGAACACACACACACACACACAUAUAUGAAUAAAAACAAAAUUUUAUUUUGCUGGCUCCUGAUUCUGCUUACUCAUCAUCCUUGAACUCAUAAAACGGGCUUUUUUGUGGGGGAUUUAUGUUUGCCUUUCAGGCCCGCCCACUUCUGGCCCGCUCCCUCGAGACCGGAGAACUCGGAGACCUGCCGGACCCAAGGCUUGAGAAGGGCUACAACCCAAGUGAAGCCCAGCGGAUGAUCGAGGUCGCCGCCUCCUGCAUCCGCCACUCUGCCCCCAUGCGGCCCCAUAUGGGACAGGUAGUGACUAGUUUUGGGUGUCUAUUUCUCAAUUUAAUAACAUAAAAUAAAACAAAAAGUUCAAUUUUCGUCUAGGAGAAGUCAGAAAUGUCUCAUUUUAUUUUUCUGGUUUCAUGGGUCGAGACAGAUUGUGAGGGCUCUGGAUGGUUCAGCUGAUCCCAUGGAGGAUCUGAGCAACGGCGUCAGGCCCGGGCAGAGUGAGCUCUUCGGCCCGUCCUGGCCGUCGGCAGAGAUCAGGCUGUUCCAGCAGAUGGCAUUCGGCGGGCAAGAUCACAGCGGUAGCUUCGGCCAGGCCCGGAGGGAUUUGUGA